GCUUCCCUUUCCCCGCUUGUGUCCUCCAUGGAGCAUCCCGGUGCCGAGAGCCCUGGCGGCGGGAGCAGCAGCGGCGGCGGAGGCGGCAGCACCAGCAGCACCAGCAGCCAGGAAGGCGAGGAGCCCGAGUCUCCCGGAGGCCCCAGGCCUGAGGAGGAGGAAGACGACGAGGCGGCGGCGGCCGCCUCCCCAGCCACUUACGCGAUGAUGGAAGAUUGCUUAUUGAAGAAAAUAGAAAUUAGUGUUGCGGAAGCAGAGAAACGGACUGGACGGAAUGCCAUGAACAUGCAGGAAACUUACACUGCUUACCUCGUGGAAACAAGGGCUGUGGAGUCGCAGGCUGAAGGGCAAUGUUCUCCCCCAGAUUCUCUUUGGAGGCGAUACAGUGAAUUUGAAUUGUUGAGGAAUUAUUUGCUUGUUAACUACCCACAUGUUAUUGUACCACCUUUGCCAGAAAAAAGGGCAGAGUUUGUUUGGCAUAAGCUAGCAGCAGAUAACAUGGAUCCAGAUUUUGUGGAAAGAAGAAGAAUUGGCUUGGAAAACUUCCUUUUGCGGGUGGCUUCACAUCCCAUUCUUUGUCAGGAGAAGAUUUUUAAUGCAUUUUUAACCAAGGAAGGUGGAUGGAAGGAGACGGUGAAUGAAACAGGAUUUCAGCUAAAGGCAGAUUCUAGGUUAAAAGCCCUUAAUGCAACAUUCAGAGUGAAAAACCCAGACAGGAGAUUUACAGAACUUAAACACUACAGUGAUGAGCUGCAGUCUGUCAUAUCACACCUUCUGAGAGUCAGAGCUAGAGUGGCAGACCGGCUGUAUGGUGUGUACAAAGUCCAUGGGAAUUAUGGAAGAGUUUUCAGUGAAUGGAGUGCAAUAGAGAAGGAGAUGGGGGAUGGGCUGCAGAGUGCUGGCCAUCACAUGGAUGUGUAUGCAGCUUCAAUUGAUGAUAUACUAGAAGAGGAAGAACAUUAUGCAGACCAAUUGAAAGAAUAUCUCUUCUAUGCAGAAGCUCUUCGGGCUGUUUGCAGGAAGCAUGAACUUCUUCAGUAUGAAUUGGAAAUGGCUGCUCAGGAUCUGACAUCGAAGAAGCAGCAAUGUGAGGAAUUGGCGACGGGAACUGUAAGAACAUUCUCCUUGAAGGGAAUGACCAGCAAACUGUUUGGCCAGGAAACACCAGAACAAAGAGAAGCAAAGAUAAAAGUGCUCGAAGAACAGAUACGUGAAGGAGAGGAGCAGCUCAAAGCAAAGAAUUUAGAAAGCCGUGACUUUAUGAAAAGUGCCUGGACUGAUAUUGAACGCUUCAAAGAGCAAAAGAACCAUGACUUGAAAGAGGCCCUGAUCAGUUAUGCUGUAAUGCAGAUCAGCAUGUGCAAAAAGGGAAUUCAAGUUUGGACAAAUGCAAAAGAAUGUUUCAGCAAGAUGUGAUGUAUAGAAAUCAGUCCUUCAUGACAAAUCACCAGAUAAAAGAAGCACAAGUGCAUGAACAUGGAUACUAAGUUGCUACAUUAUUAAACCAUGGAAUUGGUCUAUUUGUGAAAGUAGGGCACAAAGAAUUGGUCUCUGUUCCUUGAUGGCCACCUUGUGGCUUCUUUUGCAUGCAGUAGCAAAUUGAACAUUGUAGUUCUCUCUUGAGGUAAGGCUAUAAGGAGGAUCCAAGUUGGCUCCAAUGAUUACAUAAACUAAACUGUUCAACAUACUAGGCUCUUGAACCACCAAUCUUUGCACUAUAUAAAUCAUUUCCAGGUGCCCCUUCUUCAUAUGUUGCUGUUUCACAAUUGUAAUGCUAUAAGAUAUUCUGAUGUUUUCCCCAUUAUUAUUUCUUUUUGUCAUGGCACAAAAUUAUGUUUUCAAAGUUUAAGCACCAUCUGUAACAUAACACAGGCAUUGUGCAUCUCUGAAGAAACAUUUAUCAAAAAAAAUUAGCUUAAUCUUUAUAUCAAAUUUUUUAACAGUGGGGGGUGCUCCAUACAGUACAAUGUGGUGUUUCUGUGCUUGAAUUUAAAACCAAUAGAAAUCUAUUAUAGAAUUUCUCUAAUUGCCAGCACAUGAUUGAACAAUUAGCACUGAAUAGUUACUGUUACUGACCUCAGUAAAAAUGCUUAACACCAGCUUUAAAUUUACUCAGCAUCAUCCAUUAGGUUAAAAGUAUUUGGUUCUGCAUCAAUGUGUCUUUUUAAGAUUAUGCUGAACAUAAAAUUAUUCCCCUUGUUGAAUAGUAACAGCGUUCCACCCCACCUGGAAGAACACUAUUAAUCUGAAUUGCUUUUGCUUACCCUUGUAGCAACAUAAAUGUGAAUUGUAUUUAUAUGUAUAUGCAUCUGUUUUAUUUACUGCACUCAUUUAGUCCAGAUUUUUUUUUUAAAGGGAAAUGAAUAGAAUGAAUUGUUUGGUGUCCUCUCUGGUACAGUGUGUUCAAAAGCAAGGUUGCUCUUGCUCGCUCUGAAUCUUAAAAUGCAAGACACUAAUUCCCAGCUGUAGGAAAGAUCUAAUGCACAUUUGCUCUUCUGCAUAGGAGUCUUUAAAAUGUCACUUGAGUAAAUGUGGAAUCAUGCCAGACACAAUUGUAGCAAAGCUUCUGAGAUUAAUAGUAUUCAUUUGUCAAGUAUGCAUUUAAUUAUUUCGGAUGAUAACACUGUAUUAGUUUACAUAUUCCAAAAGAACUACUUAAUCUGUUUAUUUCCCCCAAAUCAGAUCUUGUUUCUUGCUGCAGUUAUAAAACCCAUGUUUCCAGAGUAAAAUGUUUUCAGCUAAAUUGAUGUAAUUCUUGAUGUAUGGUUUGAAAGGUUAACAACUUAUUUUAAGAAUGGUUUCAUCUUUAUUGUUUAAGUGGAAAAUUCAGCCACCUUAAGAUGGAUAUAUCUAUUGCCAAUCAUUCCAUUUCAAAGAACUGUAGAAUCUGAGUCCUAAAACUGAGUAAAAACUUGUACAUUCCAAAAAACAAUAAGCAGCUACAAAGUUAGAUUUUUCUAGUAAACUUCCUAGAGUAGUCGUGCCUUAAUUUAAUACCACUAGGCACUUGGAAUCAAUAUUUUCCAUGCACUUGAUCUUCCUAGUGCCUUCCCCUAUCCCGCCCCUCUAUUUCAUAUGCUGUAUGACUUAAAUGUAUUAGUAUGCCUUUUUCUUGCUAACUGUAUUAAAUCUGAGAAGGGAUCAAAAGGUUCUUGUAUGCUUUGUGCCAAAUGCUAAAUAAAACUACACUUUAUUAA